UGCCCCGCGGUGCCCCGAGGUCACCGGCCCGCGCCUCUGCUCCGCUGGGCCGCGCGCCGCCUCCACGCCCUCCUCCUCCUUCUCCCCCAGCCAGGCGCCUGGCACCGAGGACCGUUGCCUGACGCGAGGCCCAGCUCCACUUUUCGCCCCGCUUCUCCUCCUGCUCUCCUCCUCCACCAACUCCAACUCCUUCGCCUUCUAGUUCCACUUGCGAGCCCCCCACUCCGCACCCGUCGGCCCGCUCCCGCAGCGCCGCUUCGCGUCCCAUCCCGUCCCAAAGGUGGGAGCGCGUCCGCCCCGGCCCGCACUAUGGCACGGUUCGGCUUGCCCGCGCUUCUCUGCACCCUGGCCGUGCUCAGCGCCGCACUGCUGGCUGCCGAGCUCAAGUCGAAAAGUUGCUCAGAAGUGCGACGUCUCUACGUGUCCAAAGGCUUCAACAAGAACGAUGCCCCCCUCCACGAGAUCAACGGUGACCAUUUGAAGAUCUGUCCCCAGGGUUAUACCUGCUGCUCUCAAGUGAUGGAGGAAAAGUACAGCCUGCAAAGUAAAGAGGAUUUCAAAAGUGUGGUCGGUGAACAGUGCAAUCAAUUGCAAGCUGUCUUUGCUUCUCGGUACAAGAAGUUUGAUGAAUUCUUCAAAGAGCUACUUGAAAAUGCAGAGAAAUCCCUGAAUGAUAUGUUUGUGAAGACAUAUGGCCAUUUAUACAUGCAAAAUUCUGAGCUAUUUAAAGAUCUCUUCGUAGAGUUGAAGCGCUACUACGUGGCGGGAAACGUGAACCUGGAAGAAAUGCUAAAUGACUUCUGGGCUCGCCUUCUGGAGCGGAUGUUCCGCCUGGUGAACUCCCAGUACCACUUUACAGAUGAGUAUCUGGAAUGUGUGAGCAAGUAUACCGAGCAGCUGAAGCCCUUUGGAGACGUCCCUCGGAAAUUGAAGCUGCAGGUUACUCGUGCAUUUGUAGCAGCCCGUACUUUUGCUCAAGGCUUAGCGGUUGCAAGAGAUGUAGUGAGCAAAGUCUCAGUGAUAACUCCGACAGCCCAGUGUACCCACGCCCUGUUGAAGAUGAUCUACUGCUCCCAUUGCCAGGGUCUCGUGACUGUGAAGCCAUGUUACAACUACUGCUCCAACAUCAUGAGAGGCUGUUUGGCCAACCAAGGGGAUCUCGAUUUUGAGUGGAACAAUUUCAUAGAUGCUAUGCUGAUGGUGGCAGAGAGGCUAGAGGGUCCUUUCAACAUUGAAUCGGUCAUGGAUCCCAUCGACGUGAAGAUUUCUGAUGCUAUCAUGAACAUGCAGGAUAACAGUGUGCAAGUAUCUCAGAAGGUUUUCCAGGGAUGUGGACCCCCCAAGCCCCUCCCAGCUGGACGAAUUUCUCGUUCCAUCUCUGAAAGUGCCUUCAGUGCUCGCUUCAGACCACAUCACCCUGAGGAACGCCCAACCACAGCGGCAGGCACUAGUUUGGACCGACUGGUUACUGAUGUCAAGGAGAAACUAAAACAGGCCAAGAAAUUCUGGUCCUCUCUUCCAAGCACCGUUUGCAAUGAUGAGAGGAUGGCCGCAGGAAAUGGCAAUGAGGAUGACUGCUGGAAUGGAAAAGGCAAAAGCAGGUACCUGUUUGCAGUGACAGGAAAUGGAUUAGCCAACCAGGGCAACAACCCAGAGGUCCAGGUGGACGCUAGCAAACCGGACAUACUGAUCCUCCGUCAAAUCAUGGCCCUCCGGGUUAUGACCAGUAAAAUGAAGAAUGCUUACAAUGGGAACGACGUGGACUUCUUCGACAUCAGUGAUGAAAAUAGCGGAGAAGGAAGUGGGAGCGGAUGUGAGUAUCAGCAGUGCCCCCCGGAGUUUGAGUACAACUCCACAGACCACGCCGGGAAGAGUGCCAACGACAAAGCCGACAGUGCUGGUGCCUGUCCUGGGGCACAGCCCUACCUCCUCGCUGUCUUCUGCAUCUUGUUUCUGGUUAUGCAGAGAGAGUGGAGAUAAUUCUCAACCUCUGAGAAAAAGUGUUCAUCAUCAAAAAGUUAAAAGGCACCGGUUAUCACUUUUAUAUCAUUCUAGUGACUUUGCUUUUUAAAUGAAUGGACAACAAUGUACAGUUUUUACUAUGUGGCCACUGGUUUAAAAAAUGCUGACUUUGUUUUUUCACUCAGUUUUUGGGGAGGAAGAGGGACUUGUACGUUAAGUUGGUUCCUGCUCCCCCAGAAUCGUGUUAAAUGUGGCUAACAGUGUAGGUACAGAACUGUAGUUAGUUGUGCAUUUGUGAUUUAUCACUCUAUUGUAUGUUUGUUUGUUUUUUUCUCAUUUUGUUUGUGGGUUUUUUUUCAAUUAUGAUCUCACCUUGUUUCUUACAAGAAAACCAGGGUCCUUUCUUGGCAUGUAACAUGUACGUGUUUCUGAAAUAUUAAAUAGCUGUACAGAAGCAGGUUUUAUUUAUCAUGUUAUCUUAUUAAAAGAAAAAGCCCAACAAG